CUCUUCAAAAAAAAAACUACAAACCGAAAAUUUUCCAAAUACUUUUUUCUCCAAAUAUUAUUUAUUCCGAAAAUAUGAAAUUUAGAACAAUUUCAUUACCUAUAUCUAUAGGAAUUGCCAUAAUGGCCAUUUUAGCAUCCAGAACUCUGUUUGAUACACAUCCUAGAGCCUUCAUGCACAAUCCUUUCGAUGUUCUCCAUACAAUCAAAGAUGUAUCAUAUUCAGCUAUUACUUCCGUUUACAGCCACCACCACCACCAUCAUCAUCACCAUCAAAAACCAUCUGAUACCAAAAAGAAAGUAUCAAUAUGCGACGAUUUCCCCAAAAAUAUACCUCCACCGGACACCGACACGACAUCAUAUCUCUGCGUCGAUAAGAAAGGCUGCUGCAACUUCACGACCGUGCAAUCAGCCGUGGACGCAAUUGAAAAUUUUAGUCAGAAAAGAAACGUGAUAUGGAUCAACUCCGGCAUGUACUAUGAAAAAGUGGUGAUUCCGAAGACUAAACCAAAUAUAACUUUGCAAGGACAAGGGUUCGAGACCACAGCCAUAGCAUGGAACGAUACGGCCUACUCGGCUAACGGCACUUUUUAUUGUGCCACGGUCCAAGUCUUUGGUUCUCAGUUCGUCGCUAAGAACAUUAGUUUCAUGAAUGUGGCUCCAAUACCAAAGCCUGGGGACGUAGGAGCUCAGGCGGUGGCGAUAAGAAUUGGGGGAGAUCAAUCUGCAUUUUUGGGAUGUGGUUUCUUUGGAGCUCAAGACACUCUUCAUGACGAUAGAGGUCGUCACUACUUCAAGGAUUGCUACAUUCAAGGCUCCAUUGAUUUCAUUUUCGGCAACGCUAAAUCUCUCUAUCAGGACUGUCAAAUAAUAUCAAUGGCGAACCAAGUGAGCCCAGGAUCAAAGGCAGUCAACGGAGCCGUGACUGCUAAUGGCCGUAACUCAAAGGACGAGAACAGUGGCUUCGCCUUCGUCAACUGCACAAUAGGUGGCACUGGACAUGUGUGGCUAGGUCGUGCAUGGAGACCAUACUCACGUGUCAUCUUUGUUUCUACUUAUAUGACCGAUGUCAUUGCACCCGAAGGCUGGAAUAACUUCAAUGAUCCCUCUAGGGAUGCGACAAUAUUUUAUGGAGAGUAUAACUGUUCGGGUCCAGGAGCUGAUGUUUCGAAAAGGGCACCGUAUGUUCAGAAGCUUAACGAUACUCAAAUCGCUCAGUUCAUUAACACGACUUUUAUUGAUGGAGACCAGUGGUUACAGUUCUCUGAUCUUUAGAGAAAAUCAUAAUCUCUAACUCUAUUGUUGAUAACAAGUACAGUAACAUAUUGUGUUUACGAGACUGGAAUAAAAAUGCGAAAUGAGUUGUACAUGUAAACUUGUUGAACAUAGUAAUUUAUUGGAAAAUUUAACUUGCG